CUUUGGGCACUGUGAUCUGCAUACAAUUUUGAUACAUUUUCACAUUAAUGUAAAUUACAGUAAAUUAUGAUUAAUGUGAAAAAGCUAUAUGAAUUAUCUGAUGUAAUGAGUAUUUAUAUUUAAUAUUUUAAAGAUAAAUAUUCUUAAACAAAUUACCAACCCUAAUUCUUAUAUUAUAUUAUGGUGACAAGCUGUUAUUAAGCUGCAGGCUUUCGUAUCAUAGUAACAUAAUAUUUUGAUAAAAUGGAUGCUUCAAAUACUGGAACAAAUUCGCCUGGACUGUUGCCUCCUGCUCCUAUGUUGCCUCCACCGAUGUUACCACCACCAAUGUUAGCUGGAAUGGCACCACCAAUGCCGCCUGUAUCAAUGCCUCCUGUGCCGGGUGUGCCACCAACUCUGCCAGGAUUACCACCACCUAUGGCUUUCCCCCCUAUGAUGACACCAUUUUCAAUGCCACCGCCAGGAUUUCCAUCAUUUAAACCAGACUUAGUUGCUCCAGCUCCAGAAAUUUCUCCACUAGCAAAUCAGGGAAACCCGUGGACAGAACAUAAGGCGCCAGAUGGCCGUACAUACUACUACAACUCUAUAACAAAGCAAAGUCUAUGGGAAAAACCUGAUGAUCUAAAGACACCAGCAGAGAAACUCCUUUCUUCAUGUGUAUGGAAAGAAUACACUACAGAUGCAGGCAGAGUGUAUUAUCACAAUAUAGAGACAAAAGAAUCCAGCUGGAUAAUUCCAAAGGAACUACAAGAAAUAAAAAAUAAAAUAACUGCUGAAGAAGCUGCCCAGAGUGCUUUACAUGCAGACUUACCUCCUGGGGAGGUGCCUCUGCCAUCUUCACCAGGGAAACCCAAUAGUGGAAGUUCUGCAUUAGAUGAAGCGAUGGCUAAAACAUUAGCAUCUAUCGAUCCGUCUCUAGCUAAUGCAAUACCAAUACCAGAUGACAUUAAGCCAGAGGAGAUUGCUGCUCCUCCCCAAAGCGAUAUUGAUCGAUCCGAAUCGGCAACAGAAUUCCAAUACAAAGACAAAAAAGAAGCUAUAGAGGCCUUUAAGGAGCUGCUGCGAGAGAGGAAUGUACCAUCGAAUGCCACAUGGGAACAAUGUGUUAAGAUAAUAUCAAAGGAUCCCCGGUUUGCUACUUUCAAGAAACUGAACGAAAAAAAGCAGGCGUUCAAUGCAUACAAAACGCAGAAGCUGAAAGAUGAGAGAGAAGAACAGAGGCUAAAAACCAAGAAAAACAGGGAGAAUUUGGAGGAGUUCUUGUUGAGUUGCGAGCGUGUUACUUCGCUCACAAAAUAUUACAGAUGCGAAGAUAUGUUCGGGAAUCUUGAGAUCUGGCGUUGUGUUCCCGAAUCGGAUAGACGGGAUAUUUACGAGGACUGUAUAUUUAGUAUUGCCAAACGGGAGAAGGAGGAAGCCAAGGCGCUUAAAAAGCGUAACAUGAAAAUGUUGGCCCAGGUAUUGGAAAAUAUGAGUGAAAUAACAUACAGUAGCACAUGGAGUGAAGCUCAAGUUCUGCUUCUGGAAAAUUCUGCUUUCAAGAAUGAUGUAAGUUUACUGGGGAUGGAUAAAGAAGACGCCCUUAUAGUAUUUGAACAACAUAUACGAAAUCUUGAAGCUGAGUACGCUCAAGAGAAGGAGCAAGUGAAGAAAAGAAAUAAACGGCAACAGAGAAAGAACAGGGAUAACUUUCUGGCUCUACUAGAUGGCCUGCACGAAGAAGGCAAAUUGACGUCAAUGUCUCUGUGGGUGGAGCUGUAUCCGGUCAUAUCAGCUGACAUGAGGUUCUCCGCUAUGCUUGGUCAAAACGGCUCGACACCGCUGGAUCUUUUUAAGUUCUAUGUAGAGAACUUGAAGGCCCGCUUCCACGACGAGAAGAAAGUAAUUAAGGAAAUUCUGAAAGAUAAACAAUUUGAAGUGAAAGUGGACACCAGUUUUGAAGAGUUUGCUACUGUAGUGUGUGAAGACAGCAAGUCGGCCUCACUAGAUGCGGGCAAUGUGAAACUGACAUAUAACUCUUUACUUGAAAAGGCUGAAGCUAGGAACAAGGAAAAACAGAAAGAGGAGUCCAAGGUUCAGAAGAAGUUAGAGAGCUCCUUCAAGUGGGCGUUGAGUAGCGCUAACAUAAACCACCAGCUAUCUUGGAGCGAAGUGAAGGGCAAAUUAGAUUUGUCUGCGCCCGAGUUCGUCGCAAUACCCAGAGAAGAUGACAGGAUAAGAAUAUAUAAGGAUUUCCAAGUGGAACAAGAGGAAAGUUGCAUGCACUAUCACCAUCCGAAACCAAAGAAAGCCAAACGAGCCAAGAAAAAGAAGCGGUCUCAUUCCUCAUCUAUUUCUCGGUCGCCGACGCCCCCCGGGUCGCGCGGCCCCAGUCUCCGCAAGCCCCCGCGCGAUGACGCCAGUGAGAAGGGCGAGGUGCGCUCUCCGUCGCACACUCCGACCCCCACCCCCACUCCGAGCCCGUCUCCGCCGCCCGAGCCCGCGCGGGCCUCGCCUCACUCGCAUUCCUCAGAUGAAACGCGAAAGCACAAAAAAUCCAAAAAGAAGAGCAAGAAACAUUCACCUCCACCGAAAUCACUGACUCCAGAGGAAGGAUGCAUAUCUGACGAAGAAGUUGUUAAACACAAGAGCUCAAAAAAAACUAAACGUGGUGCCCCUCCGAGUAGCGCCGACGAGAAGGAGCCAACACACAAACCGAAGAAAAAGAAGGACAAGAAAGAGAAGAAAGAAAGGCAUCGAAAGGUUUAAAACUAGUUGAUUGCGUGUAAUGUCGCGGGGUCGCGUCGCAGUUUGACAGUUGUUUGUUUGUUUACAAACGUAGCCAAGUUUAUAGAGGCGGUAUUCAGUAAGUGAGUGCAUGAUAUACGAAGGUCGGGCUCCGGCAGAGGCUCGGGCGCCGCGUGGACCGACGCCGACCUUGAGUCGCGGCGCGCAGCCUUGCUGGCCCAGUUGCACGAACAGGAGACAGACUGACGUCGCCUUCCCCACAUACACAUCUUCAACGACUACCCGCGAAGGAAACCGGAACCCGCACUGCCGACCGCGCUACCAGCCUCACCCACUUGUUCGUACUCGCCUGACGACGACCGCGCCGCAGAGAACACCGCUCACAGUGACACAGAACGCUCUGAACCGGAAGUGACGACACUGACUAAAGAGACUGUAUCAAAUGACUAAUUUAAUUAUAUCAUUGAACAUUACCUACAUGUAAUAGUGAUUCCUUUUUUUACCAGAAAUACUAAUAGUGCUUCAUUCAAUAUGAUAAUCUUUAUUGUUUAUUCCUGUAUAUAUCUGAAUAUAUACUUUUAAUAGCUAAUACAGUGACAGUUUUGAUUGUAGUGUGAGCAUUUAUUAUUCAUACUAUUUAUUAAUGUACAUUAUUGCAAUUCAAUGUGCUCUUUUUUUAGCCGAAUCUGUUUUAUGUGGACUCGGCCUUACGUGUAUAUAAUGACUUAUAUUAUGUGUAGGAAAAGAUUUUUUUUAUCUCAUUGUUAGUGUACUCCAGGUACAGAUAAGUGAUAAUAUCGGACAUUGACCUUUAAGAAUCUGUCCCUGUUGCUCGUGUUAUAGAUGUAAAACGCCUAUUGUCAUCUAUUGCCAUUGUUUUUUUAUUGUCAGUAUAAUCGGAAAGUUUGUUGUCACGUCAAAUGGAAUGUUGCUCUCGCAUGCCAACGCGGCGGAUAAUGAUUGGCCGUAGACGUUAAGUUUAAUGUCCGACAUUUUCUCUGAUUCACGACUAGAAACAUUAUAAUAUUAUAGAGUUGCUGACUAUAAGAGCAAAAGUACUUUUUAGGUUAAACUUAUUAUUAAACUUUAGUAUUAAGAAUUACGUCUUAUUUCAUGUUCCAUUUGAUAUUCUACACCUUAUGUAAUAAAUAAAAUAUUGUAAAUGCGCUUUUUUUAUAAGACAAAUUAUUAGUUAAAUAAUUCAAAAAUGUCCACAGCAAUAUAUAGCGGGUAAAUAGUGGGGCUUGCAAAUAAGACCUACCUAAUCCACUUAUUUCAAUUCUGAUUUGGUUUUAUGCCUUGUGUAAGAUAAUAAGGGUUGUAAAACAAACACAAAAGGAAGAUAAUUUCCGGUUCAUACGAUAAUUGUUUAUAUUAAUAAUCUCUGUCUAUAAAAAAUAUAUACCUAUUUACAAA